AUAAAAAUAAGAUAACAUGGCAUUUUAAAACCGGUUGUUGCAUUCAAUUUUAGAUAACAAGGGUGGUCGAAAUUGCCAUGGGAAACUUUGAAUAAAUUAAUCAAACUAAUUAAACUAAUUAAAUAUUUUAUAGCAAUAAUAUUCUGUGUCUAAGCAAAUGAUGUAUAUAUUUUUAUAGGAGUAGGGUACAACUUAACUGAAAGCUAAAAAAUGUUUUUUUAAAUAUUAGAUCAGCAUGGUACCUAAUGUUUUUAACCAAUCAUAACGUUAAAUUUACAAUCUAAACACGGUGAUGGUUACAGCCUACCAAUGCUAUAUAUAAAAUUGCACAAUUAAUGUCAUUGACUCAUACGUUAGGAGGCCGAGCGAAAACGAAAUAAGAUUAAAAUGGCACGACCCAAGCGUUCUCGGGCAAUAUGGUUGGCAUUCCUAAUCAUUUGUGUUAUGAAUAUUAAGAAUGGUAUUGCUGAUCUUUGUUUAGACAAUGCUAUCUUUUGUGAUCCCAAUUCAUUUUGUAACACUAACCUUGAUGGAUUUGGUCUUCCUUCAUGUACUUGCUUCCAAGGACAUGAAAAGGAUGAAUUUGGAGUAU